UCUAUUUGAACCUCUGCCCUUGGUUCUCAGGGUGUGAAAAAAUACCAUCAUCCUUGCCAUAUUUCAUUUUUUAUGAAUUUUCAAGGGAAGAAAAAAAACAAGAAGUUCCAUUUUCGUGGGCCAUAAGCUCGUCCGUCACCGUGACUUACCAAGACGUUUGAAAACCAACGUUGCUACUAGAACUUUCUCUUCCAGCAAAACCUCCAGUCCGGUAAUAAGAGAGUACAAGACUCUCAUCUCUCCGAUUCGUUCAGUCCUCUCUCAAACACAAAGCACGCAGACAAUGAUGCUACCCAACGCUCCCAAAGACCAAACUAACCCUUCUCUUUAUCCAAAUUACAAAAUCCAACCACCACCAACGCGAUUCGCGUUGCUCAAUUUCACCAUAGUUCAGUUGAGUUCUAACCAUGGUUCAAAUUCACGCCUAUACAUACACACCUCCUCAACCCCUCCUCUCCCGCCACUUUCCUCAUUUCUUCCAUUCCACUUUUUAAUCUGAAAAUUUUCAAAACCAAAUUCCCCUCUCUCUCUCUCUCUCUCUCUCUCUCUCUCAAGUCUGUAAACAUGGUCGUUGCACAGAGAGUGAAGGAAUCGGAGAUCACCGAACAGGACUCGCUUCUCCUUACAAGGAACCUACUACGAAUAGCUAUUUUCAAUAUCAGUUACAUCCGAGGCCUUUUUCCUGAGAAGUAUUUCAAUGAUAAGUCUGUUCCUGCCUUAGAUAUAAAGAUCAAGAAGCUAAUGCCAAUGGACGCAGAGUCACGAAGACUGAUUGAUUGGAUGGAGAAAGGUGUUUAUGAUGCGUUGCAGAAAAAAUACCUGAAAACGCUUCUAUUCUGUGUGUGUGAAGCAAUAGAAGGUCCAAUGAUUGAGGAAUAUGCAUUUUCUUUCAGUUAUUCUAAUUCUGAUAGCCAAGAGGUUUCAAUGAAUAUCCAUCGCACUGGAAACAAGAAGCAGGGAGGAACAUUCAAGUGUAACUCCAUGACUGAAGUUACUCCCAAUCAGAUGAGGAGUUCUGCUUGUAAAAUGGUCCGCACACUGAUUCAGUUGAUGAGAACUCUGGAUAGGAUGCCAGAAGAGCGCACUAUACUGAUGAAACUCCUCUACUAUGACGAUGUAACGCCAGUGGAUUAUGAGCCUCCAUUCUUCAGAGGCUGCACAGAGGAAGAAGCUCAUAAUCCUUGGACAAAAAAUCCUUUGAAAAUGGAGGUUGGGAAUGUCAACAGCAAGCAUUUUGUGUUAGCUCUCAAGGUUAAAAGUGUGCUUGAUCCUUGUGAGGAUGAAAAUGAUGACAUUCCAAACGAUGAUGUGAGCUUGGGGGCUGAUUCUGUACAGAGAGACAACUCUUCAGAAUCUGACAGUGAGGCUAGUCAUUCACAAGACAAAUACGUAGUUGCACCAGCAGAGAAGCAACCGGGUGAAGAUGAUGCUGGCAUGGUUGAUGAAGAAGAUACUCAGGAUCCAGCAGAAGAUGAGCAACAAUUAGGCCGCGUAAGGGACUGGAUCAGCUGUCACCACCUUGACACUGUUGAACUCACUGAUGUUCUCUCAAAUUUCCCUGACAUCUCAGUUGUUUUGACUGAAGAAAUUAUGGAAAAGCUUAUUGAGGAAGGCAUUAUAUGUAAAAAUGGAACUGACAGUUACACCAUUAACAAGCAAAAGAAAUCCGACUAUGAAUUUGAUGCUGUAAAAGAAGAAAAGGAUGGCCAAGCAAUCGCAGGUGGCAACAAAGCUCGGCAGGGUAUGAAUGAAGAUCACAUGUACAUGAAGGCCUUGUAUCACGCGCUUCCAAUGAACUACAUAUCUGUUGCAAAGCUUCAGAGCAAGCUUGAAGGAGAAGCUAACCAGAAUACUGUGCGCAAGCUAAUUGAUAAAAUGGCCCGAGAUGGAUUUGUUGAAUGCAAAAGCAACCGCAGGCUAGGCAAGCGUGUGAUCCAUUCUGACCUGACUGAGAAAAAGCUAAUUGAAAUCAAGAAAGCUUUGGACAUUGAUGAUAUGGAUAUGGAUAUCAUUGAAUCACAAUACCAGACCAACCAUACAAAAUUUCAGACAAAGGGAAUCAACCAAAAGGACUUGUCUACCUGCGGUGCAUUCCACUCCAUUGGAUCAGAUCUCACACGCACAAAAGGCAGAUCUGAUGCACAUCAAAAUGGCUCUAUGAGGAGUGAGCAGACUGUUUCGAAGACACGGGAGCACGGAAAUACCCCCAUGAGCAGGGCUGAGCCAGUUGCUUCGAGAGAGAGUUUUGUGCCAGGGAAUGAGAAUGGCAGAGGAAAUGGAAGCGCCAAUCAACGCGAUGGGUUUGACACAGUUAUCUGUAGCAGGUCCACCCAAGACAAGAGGUCGAGGAAAGCAAGCACGGUUAAGGAGCCUAUCCUCCAGUACAUGAAGCGCCAGAAAUCUCAAGCUCCCUGAAAUGCCUUGGAAUGUGACCUUUCUUAAUCAAUUCCUGUAGUCGCUUUACACUCGUGCUAGUUAAAUAUGUAGAAACUUUUAGUUCAGUCAUAUUUUGGAGAAAAUGUAAAAAUUAUGACAAUUCACAUUCCUUCCCAAAACCUGUGAAGGUCAAAUCUUUAUGCAAUACACUUGCACUUGAAAUAGGGCUAUCAUUUUAAAGAUGGCUUAUGAAAUAUGUGUCAAUAUAAUUGAAGGAAUAGAUCCUUUUUAUGCCA